AUGGGGAAACAAAACCUAACAAGCGUCUCAGAAUUCUUCCUCAGCAGAUUCUCAGAUGAUCUAGAGCUGCAGCCUCUCCUCUUUGGACUGUUCCUGUCCAUGUACCUGGUCACUGUGCUUGGGAAUCUGCUCAUCAUCCUGACUGUCAGCUCUGACUCCCACCUCCACACCCCCAUGUACUUCUUCCUCUCCAACCUGUCCUUGGCUGACAUCGGUUUCACCUCCACCACAGUCCCCAAGAUGAUCAUGGACAUCCAAACUCAGAGCCGAGUCAUCUCCUAUGUGGGUUGCCUGACUCAAAUGUCUUUUUUGAUCCUUUUUGGAUGUAUGGAUGGUAUGCUUCUGACUGUAAUGGCAUAUGACCGGUUUGUGGCCAUCUGUCACCCUCUACACUACUCAAUCAUCAUGAACCCCCGCCUCUGUGGCUUGUUGGUUUUGGUGUCUUUUUUGGUUAGCCUUUUGGAUUCCCAGCUGCACAGUUUGAUUGUGUUACAACUUACCUGCUUCAAGGAUGUGGAAAUUUCUAAUUUUUUCUGUGAUCCUUCUCAACUCCUCAACCUUGCCUGUUCUGACACUUUCACCAAUAACAUAAUCAUGUAUUUUGUUGGUGCCAUCUCUGGCUUUCUUCCUAUUUCAGGGAUCUUUUUCUCUUACUAUAAAAUUGUUUCGUCCAUUCUGAGAGUCCCAUCCACAGGUGGGAGAUACAAAGCCUUCUCUACCUGUGGCUCCCACCUGUCAGUUGUUUGCUUAUUUUAUGGAACUGCUAUUGGAGUGUACCUUGGAUCAGCAUUGUUGCCUUCCCCCAGGAAGGAUAUAGUAGCCUCGGUGAUGUACACUGUGGUCACUCCCAUGCUGAAUCCCUUCAUUUACAGCCUGAGAAACAGGGACAUUAAGAGUGACCUAUGGAGGUUCCUCAGAAGAACAGGCUAA